CUUGGUUUACUGACCGUCAGACAUUAACGUCAAAUCGGGAAUGUUAUUGUUGCUCAACUCCACAGAAUAUUUGAUUUUUUGCUCGUGUUAAACGUACUUUGCUAGAAAUUUUAGUGUAAAAGUCAAUCAUAGCCAAGAAAUGUUUAUUUGAUGUAAUUUAUAUUCGUUUACAAGUAUGGCUACUGUUGAAAAUUAUCAAAAUAAUUGCGUGUUUUGCAAAAUUCUUCAGAAAGAAGAGCCUGGUACAAAUAUUUAUGAGGACGAGCAUGUUGCCUGCAUCAAAGAUAUAAAUCCUGCCUCAACUCAUCACUAUCUUAUCAUUCCUAAGAUUCACAUUGUCAAUGCUAAAGUCAUGGAAAAAAAAGAUGAAGAAAUUUAUGAUAAGAUGGUUGCCACAGUAGAUAUUAUUAUUGAUCGUCUAGGUUUGGAAAAAACUUCAACUCGAACAGGAUUUCAUUGGCCUCCGUUUACUACUGUUAACCAUUUACACCUGCAUGUUAUAUCUCCAGUAGAAUCAAUGAGUUUUGUGAAAAAUAUGAUGUUUAAGCCAAACUCUUACUGGUUUGUGGGCACAGAUUACGUAAAAUCACGUUUCAUCAAAGAUAGUUAGUGUUGACUGUAAUAGUGAUUCUCAUAGUUUGUUGAUACCAAGGAUUUGUUUAAAUGCAGUUUUAGAUAAUCUUAUGCUAAAUUUUAUUCAGGGGCUGGAAAAAUGUUUUCAUGAAUCAUGCGCUGCCAUUCUGUACCAUGGGGAUAUUC